UGGAGAGCGAAGGUCGGAGGGGACGCACGCACACCGUCUCUCUCUCUUACUCACUCGUCACUUGCCUUGGAGGAAAAUUUAUAUACGGAGGGAAAAUAGAGAAAGAGAGAGAGAUUUUUAUUACUAUGGAGGUUAUUGCGUCUCUCUCCGCCAUUUUGGGUGUUUGGAGUGAUACAAGAAAGAAGAUAGUUGAGUUUUGUUAAAGUUUUGCCUGUUUUUUGAAAGAUAAUUUUGAAGGAAGCUGAAAUAGAGAGAGAGGAAAGCGUCAUUUGAAGACAACUUUGAGAGGACCCGCCCAGGACGCGCCCCUACACACACACACACACACACACACACACACACACACACACACACACACACACACACACACACACACUUGUAUUAAUUUUCGAUAAGUCUAUCAUGGCUAAAGAUUUGAAUAUUUUACGUAAGUUUCAUUCGUCUAUUGAAGAUUGCGUGAAUUUGAGCUUUGUGUAAGAGAAUUCACUUGUUUUCUCUUUUCCCCUCUCAAAAACAAAAUUUAUUGAUAUAUUGAUAAAAAAAUUAUGAUCAAUAUUGGAUUUAUAAAUGUUGAAUAUAAAUAAUUGAAUUUGAGUGUUAUAUAUUGAAAAUUAUUUGUUUUGUGUACAUUUUUCAUAAUUUUUACUUUCUUUGUUUCUAAAUGAAUAUAAAGAAAAAUUUUAAGUAACUAUUAUUAUAACGGUAAUCAAAGUCAAUUCCUCAAUGAAAAAGUAAAAAAAUUGACUGAAAUUCAUUUAAAGAAAAGAAGAAAAACUCAAUAUAUUUCCUCUCACAUAAAAGAAAUAAUAAUAAUCUACUCCAUUACAAAAUACAAGCAAGAGAAAUCCACACACACAAAAUAUCGACAUUGCGUCCGAACGUGUGCAUCUGUCGCAAAAAAUAAACAAUAAACUAAAAUUAAUAUAAAAGAAUAGAGGGAAAAAAAAACACCAUUUACAUCCUUUCACUUAGAAAAAAAAAAAUUAAUUGGGAACUUCACUACAAAACAAACAAAUUACACCAAUUCAAAAUAUCGACAUUGCGUUCGAACGUGUGCAUCUGUCAAAAAGAAAAUAAACAAUAAACUAAAAUUAAUAUAAAAAAGAGAAAAAACACCAUUUACAUCCUUUCACUUAAAAAAAAAGGAAAAAAAUAAUUGGGAACAUCACUAUAAAAAUAAAUCUAUUCCAAUCCAAAAUAUCGACAUUGCAUCAGAAAGUGUGCAUUUGACCCUGACUUGGACGCAAUGGACGACAAGUUAGCCUCAUACACCGGCGGUCUGCACGUCUUCAAGAGUUACCUGAAGGAGAAAUGGGGGACCUUAAGGGAGCAGGGCGCCUCGGAGACCCUGAAGGACCUGAAGGAGAAGACAGGGACGAAAGUUGAUGGAAUUAAAGACAAGGCCAUCAAGAAUCUGAACAAAGGGGAAGGAGAUGAUUACUCGCACAUAUACAGGCGCAAGUCGAGAAUGGAGAUGGUGCGUAUUUCAGCCGCUGUGAUGGGGAUCGAAUUCUGCUACGCGGCGGAAACAGCAUUCGUCUCCCCUACGCUGCUCCAGAUCGGGGUUAGCCACAGGAACAUGACUCUGAUAUGGUGUCUGAGUCCCUUUAUUGGGUUCUUCUUGACGCCAGUCCUCGGUUCACUCUCUGACAACUGCAGGUCCAAGCUUGGCAGGCGGAGACCCUUUAUAAUCCUCCUCUCUAUUGGUAUUCUAUUAGGUCUUCUUCUAGUCCCCAACGGAAAGGCAAUUGGCGUUGGUCUGGGGGAUGUGUACGCCCCACCCCCAACGCCUCUCCAGGAGAGAGGGAAGAAGAAGGGCGAGGGGGAGGCGGAGGGUGAAGAUGGCAGGACGAAGGAGAGUCACCCGUGGGGCAUCUUCUUCACUAUCGUCGGGACAAUGUUGCUGGAUUUUGAUGCAGAUGCUUGCCAGAGUCCAUCAAGAGCCUACCUUCUGGAUGUCACUGUCGCAGAGGAUCACGCGGUAGGGCUGUCCACCUUCACUAUCAUGGCGGGGCUGGGGGGCGGCCUGGGGUACGCCAUGGGAGGAAUCAACUGGGACGCCACCUUUAUUGGCAUGCUGCUCGGGGGCCACGUGCGAGCGGUGUUCACUCUGGUCACCUUCAUCUUCAUAGUGUGUGUGUUCAGCACCCUCUACUCCUUCAAAGAGGUGCCACUUCACAUUCUGGAGAAGUCGUCCCGGGAUGAACUGGCGAAGGGGCCGGAACAAGCAUUGGGAGAGGAAGGGAAGGCAGGAUAUGGAAGCAUGGAUAAGCCCCCGUCUCGACCUAGCUCUCUCCCUAUUGUGAAUGGGCAUGGGGCAGACCAGGAGACAGAAGGAGGAUACCAAGCCUACUCUGAAGACCAAGAAACUUCAUUCAAUACUCAGGAACCAACAGAAGUGAAGACAGAGGCACUUGAAAGGAGGAGAAGUAGAAGAAGCAGGCCAGCUGCCACCUUGCGCCAGUACCUCCUAUCAAUUGUCUACAUGCCACAAUCUCUGCGUGUGUUGUGCCUCACCAAUCUGUUCUGCUGGAUGUCUCUGGUGUGUUACUCCCUCUACUUCACUGACUUCGUGGGCGAGGCGGUGUUUGGAGGAGACCCUGGUGCCCCAGACGGCAGCCGGGAGAAGCGUCUGUACAUUGAGGGCGUUCGUUUUGGGUGUUGGGGAAUGGCACUGUAUUCCCUCUCCUGCUCCUGCUACUCCUUCCUCAUAGAAACACUGGUCAAGCGAUUCGGAGCAAAGCCAGUGUAUGUGUAUGGUCAGCUGGUGUACAGUGUAGGGAUGGUGUUCAUGGCAGCCUUGAGACACCCAGCAGCCGUUAUCAUCUUCUCUUGCUGCGCUGGGGUGAUGUACUCCACGCUAUUCACUAUGCCAUACCUGCUGGUGGCCCACUAUCACGAGUCAGGCAUGAUCAAGUGUGAGGAUUUAUGGUUGGUGUCUAAAGCUCGCCAACUUCUGUCCUCCUGUCUUGGCACCAGUGACGCUAAGUUCAUGGCCACUGAUGGGGACUGGGCAGGACCGGAGCAGCAGGUGAGGGGGCUGGGGACUGAUGUGGCUAUUGUCUCCUCCAUGGUGUUCCUCGCUCAGUUCAUCCUGUCCUCCUGUAUGGGGUCUAUUGUCGCUGCUGUCGGCUCCACCACUGCUGUUGUGUGUGCCGCGAGUCUUCUGGCGGCUUGUGGCUCUCUUACCGCUACCAAAGUCACCUAUCUGGACCUCUGAAGUGUGUGUGUGUGUGUGUGUGUGUGUUCUCUGUCCAUGUACAUUCAGUAAUGUGUAGAACUUAAAAUUGUAUUAGCCAGGCAACAAGACAUCAUUGUACAAGUAUUUCCACUGUUACUGCUUCUACACUUAACCUCUUCAGUACUGGGACAUGUUUUUACCAUGAUUUUGAGGCAUGACUAGACCAUUAUUGACAUUAGGAAGGGUCUAUGGAGGUCAGAAGAUUGAUGGCUAGAGUCUUCACUAUUUUAAACCACACAAGUUCCACAAGCUGUAUAAAAUGAAAUAGUAGGCAGAAUGAAUAUGAAAAUGUGUCAGUGCUGAAGAAAGUAAGCACAUAAAAUAAUCAACCUUGAAUUCUUUGUUGAUGAAAAGCAAAGGGAAAAUCUUAAACUCAAAUUUAUUUCUUGCUGAUU